AGAGGUACAGAUUUGUUAUAGCGUCAUUAGGAAACCUUCUGGAAUAUUGUCCCCUCCUUUCAUAGAAGAACGAAGGCGGGGCCUCGGGCUCUAGAACUCACAGCACUGGAUCCCAGAAACAGUUUUACUGGCAUCUCUGACUGUGGCCAGGCCUUGCCCUCGGUUUGGCCCACAGCUCCAUCCGCUACACACACAGAGCCUCACUUGCUUUCCACACAGCUAUGUGUUCAGACACCCGCGUGGCGCUGGUGACCGGGGCCAACAAAGGCAUCGGCUUGGCCAUCGUGCGUGACCUGUGCCGGCGGUUCUCCGGGGACGUGGUGCUCACGGCACAGGACGAGGCGCGGGGACGGGCGGCCGUGCAGCAGCUCCAGGACGAGGGCCUGAGUCCGUGCUUCCACCUGCUGGACAUCGAUGACCUGCAGACCAUCCACGCCCUGCGUGACUUCCUGCGCAAGGAGUACAGGGGAUUGGACGUGCUGGUCAACAACGCAGCCGUCUUCUUUGACAUUGGUAACCCCACCCCCUUACAUAUUCAAGCAGAAGUGACGAUGAAAACAAACUUCUUUGGUACCCAAGACGUGUGCACAGAACUGCUGCCUCUAAUGAGACCCCAAGGCAGAGUGGUCAAUGUGUCUAGUAUAAUGAGCUUUGUAGCUCUUGAAUACUGUAGCCCAAGACUGCAGCAGAAGUUCAGAAGUGAAACCAUCACAGAGGAGGAGCUGGUGGGGCUCAUGAACAAGUUCGUGGAAGACGUAAAGAACGGAGUGCACCAGAACGAGGGCUGGCCUGAUAUGAAAGUAGUCACAUAUGGAGUGUCAGAGAUGGGUCUCACAGUCCUGUCCAGAAUCUAUGCCAGGAAACUGAGUGAGCAGAGGAGAGGGGACAAGAUCCUCCUGAAUGCCUGCUGCCCUGGGUGGGUGAGAACAGACAUGGGUGGGCCAAAAGGCAUCAAAACCGUAGAAGAAGGAGCAGAGACUCCUGUCUACUUGGCCCUUUUGCCCUUGGAUGCUAAGGGGCCUCAUGGGGAGUUUGUUAUGGAGAAGAAAGUUGAACAAUGGGGACUCCGCCCUCAGUUCCCUCCAUGGGUCCCAUUAUGAUACUGCCAUGAUUUGACCAAACAGAUUACUGUCGACAAUGUCCUUAUAAAAAAAAAAAAGGAAGAAAAGAAGAGAAAAGAAAAGAAAAGAAAAGAAAAAAAAGAAAAAAGAAAAGAAUCACUAUCCAUAUCAAGUACUCACACUGAAUUGGCUACUGAAAUCUUUUGUGAUUUCUUCUGUGAUAUAUGAGUAGAAAGUAGAAAGAGUGGAAUUAAUGACUAUAAUGAAUCAACAUCAUAGAUGAAUAAACAGUUCUAAGUAAAUGUCCACGUGUACGCAUUGUUUCUUGC